AACGUGUUUCUUCCAUAAGAAUUGAAUACGAUUCUUCUCGAAGAGAGAGCUCUUUCGAGAUUAAUUUCAAAAGUCAAAUCUUGUUUGCUGCUGAAUGAGUUGCGUUCCAUUGCAUUGUUUCUUUUAGAUUUGAUCGCGAAAACCUGGAUGUUAGAGAUCGGAUCGUUUGUUCAAGAAGAUGGGUCAUAUCCAGUAUUCCGACAAGUACAGCGACGACACUCACGAGUACAGGCAUGUGGUUCUUCCGCCUGAUGUCGCCAAACUUCUGCCCAAGAAUCGACUCCUCUCCGAAAACGAGUGGCGUGCGAUUGGAGUCCAGCAAAGCCGUGGUUGGGUUCACUAUGCUGUUCAUCGCCCCGAGCCCCACAUCAUGCUCUUCCGGAGGCCUUUGAACUAUGAGCAGCAGCAAGAGAACCAGGCGCGGCACGAUGUGGUUGCCUGAGUGAUGUGUGGCUGAGUUGAUUUCUUUGUAGGAUCAUCACAACUUGUCUUUAUUAAUGAUGAGCAUACUUUUAAAGUUGUAUAGUUCCACGAGGUCGGUCCUGCGCUGCGCAAUUUCCCUUUUCUAAGGAUUGCACAGGUUCCUCUUUGUGAGCAGCGCGAUGAUCAUCUAGUUGCUUAAAAGGAUUCGGAAGUUUGCCUGUUGGUUUGCUUUCGAGAGCUAUUCUGGAUGAGCUGCAACUGUUUAAUUCGAACGCCUCCUGGAAUUC